UUGAGUUUUGAUUAUUUUAGAAUGCAACUAAUUUGUAGCAGGGUUGUUGCCUAAGAAGCCUAUUUGUGUCUCAAUUCUAUUUGAUUGCAGACAAGUUGUAGAAGGGUUGUCACUUUGACUACAAGGUGUAUUCGAGUCUUGAUCUUUAGAUUGAAAACAAGUUGUGGCAUCAGGGCACAUGUUCGAUGAAUUGCAGCAACUAAAAGUGUGAAGUUUGUCAUUUGUCACUGUGAACUAUGAAGAUCUCCAUAACCCGCACACAAAGAAAUGCAGGAGAAGUGAUCUCUCAAAAUUAUGAUGGUGCACACAAAUCUACCAAUGAAGCAUGAAACCGAAAUAGAUUUCUCUAGAGUAGAUUCCUUCCUUGAAGUAGUAAAUGAGACUUAAUGCAGUUUGCUGCAAACAUUGUAAACCAACAUUAAUGUGCAUUUGCGUUAAUUGACAAUUAGGUGGAAGAAAAGUUAACAAGAUUAGACUUCCGGUUUGUUGACCGGUUUGUUGGCUUGAGGGGUUACUGUAAGGAAUAGAUUUAUUGAGCUUAAAAGCUUCAUGUGUUUAGUUGAUUCUGCAGAUAAAAUGUUAUCAAGUCUAUUUCAUAUCUACUAAGCUGGUGCAUUUAUACUUUCAGCUUGCAGCUGUAGUCCUUUCCCACUGUUCAGCUGUACAUAGGCGAUGGGACAGUGCUGGAUUAAGGUUUGCACACAAAACGAUAAUGUAAAGAGUAUUACAGCAGAGCUUGGAGGUGAAAAUGUUCAUCUUAUAACUACUAUGGAGAAGUGGGAAGAAAAGAAUUCGGAAGCAAGGAAGGAAGGCAAGAUAGUGGCAGUUAAUUUCAGUACAUCUUGGAGCAAUCCUUGUAGAGAAAUAGCACCAUCUUACUCUGAGCUUGCCGAUAAAUAUCCUUCAAUUUUAUUUCUAACAGUGGACGUUGAUAAAUUAGCAGAAUUGACUACCAAAUGGGACAUCAAAGCCACUCCAUCCUUCUUUUUCCUAAGAGACGGACGACAACUGGACAAACUUGUAGGUUCCAACAAGGAAGAACUUCAAAGGAAGAUGAUGGCCAUUGCCGAGUCAAAUUGAAGGUCCCUUCAUUGAAUCUUCCUGUUUUGGUUACUCUAUGUGAACAUUUAUAAAUUGUUUGGUUAAGUGGAUUUGAUAAUCUUAGGCAGAAUUAAAUAAGAAAAAAAAGUUAGAAAUAUUGUUCA